AUGAUUCAACCUACUUUUCAAGAUAAGGAAGUACAAGAUCUAUUUCUGCAGAAGAUGAAGGCUGAGAUUGGUACAAACAAACAUAUAGGAUUUGAAAUAUCUUUAGAUAAAGCACUAACCUUUAAAGGAAGAUUUUGUAUACCUAAGGAUGAGGGUAUAAGAAAUGUGAUAUUAAAAGAGGGCCACUUCAACCCGUAUGUUGUACAUCUAGGCAGUACAAAAAUAACAUUAAAGGCCAUCAGGGCUGCUGAUACCAUUGUGGUUGACUUUUCGAGAUCAGCAAGAGGUUACAAUGCUAUUUGGGUAGCGGUUGAUCAUUUGACAAAAUCUUGCGGUAGUUGGAAGACAUAUCUGCUGUUAGUGGAGUUUGCUUACAACAAUAGUUUUCAGGCUACUAUAGGCAUGGCCCCAUAUGAAGAAGCUCUUAUGGUAGGAAAUGCAGAUCUCCUAUUCACUGGGUGGUCGAAAAGAACAGAAUUUUGGGUGCUAAAAUCAUUGAAUGAAUAG